AUGGAGGCGAUUAAGAGGGAAAAUAUUCAGCUAGGUGAUAAUCGAACCCUGGUGGCCACAAUGGCCGGGCCACUACCACCGACGAGUGGUUCCAGCGUCGUCACCAUCCGGUCACCACCAACACACGCACCGGGCGACCAGCCCAACGAUGGCGGCGAUGGACGCCCGAGCGACGAAUCAGUUCGUCCCGAAUCGCCAACGGCGCACCGUGCGUGGUUUCGGAAGUCCAACACCUGCGGCAGCCUGUACGUCGAGUGUGGCUGCACCGAGGAUCCAUUCGCAUCCGUGCGUUCGAACGAGCCUCCGGCACGAUCAGUCGAGUCGAGUCGUCCUCGGCCCAUCUCCCUGUCCGACAAGGACAUUCGGCGGGUUACGGUGCGCUCAUUCGCCCACCCGGAUAGUCCUACGACCGUGUUCGGAGCGGUCUCAGCGAAGGACCCCGGUGGUCCUGUGAGGACGUUACCCCACGGGGAGUACGAGGUCCUGCACGCGGCCUCGAUCGCUCAUUCCAAGCGCUUCUCAACGCCCACCCUCGGGACCGCCUUUCAUCCGGAGUUCGUCCUGCAAAAGCGCGACCAGGACACGGUCACGUUCAAACAGCGUAGCUACACGGGGUUGAGUGGUGAAAUCGCAGAAGUGGAUCCGGUCGAAGAGAACACCCACCGAGAGCCAUCCACUGACCUAGACCCGGGCAGGUCCCUUGACGACCCUUACCGUGGGGUGUUAAUUGACGCGAACGGUGGCAGUGGCGCGAAGGUGAGCAGCGCGUGUGCGAUACCAACGCGCAAGGACCGGCUGCUGUUUGCGGACGGUGCGGGAAAACUGAGCAUUUCACUUGACACCGGUCGGGAGCUUGCCGAAGGGCCAACGCAUCACCGGACGGGUGGGCCGUGUAGUGCGGAAAAUAGCCCACCGAGCCCACCGUCGGUGUUGCAGCUCAGUCCCGUCAUCCCGUCGAAGUUCGAUUGCUCCGCCAAGGAGUACCUCAUCCAGUCCGGCAUACUCGGUCCGAUGGGGAAUGGGUCGUCGCUGCUGAUGCGCAAGACGUCCAAGAUCGUCCCGAACAUCGACACACCGGUCAAGGAGCGGAUACGCAAGAACUCGGUCAAGUUCUGGGGCAAAGUGCUGACGGAAGAUUCCCGGCGGAAGUCACUGACUGGCCAGGCUGACAGCUUGCAAUCGUACGGCAGUUCGAUGACGAUCAGUGGCAUGGACCCGCACGGGGUCGAGGAGGAACUGCACGGGCUCCGGAGCCUAUUACGGGCACGUGACGAGGAAAUCGACAAGUUGCGGCGUGAGAUCGACAAGCUAAAGAGCGUGCUACAACAGAAAGCCGUCAGCAGCCUCGAGCAAUCGAAUGCACCACUCCGAGGUGCGAUGGGUAGCCCUCCGGUCACACCCACACACAAGGGUCAGCCUGUGGGUGAGGGUGAACUACUGUCGAGCAUACAGGCGAACUACGCCAUGGCCGGGCAACCGAUGUCGGAGCUGUUUGGCAUCUCCGGUAACAGCUUCAAGCUGCAUCAGAUGAAAUCCGUCAAAGGCAUCACGCUGCAGGCGAUGAAGAAGCAGGGUGUGUCGGGAGAGAGCUGCGAUCUGAUGGGCAGCCAGUCGAGUGACAUCAAGAUACCGAAGUACAGGAAGGACUUCAGUGCGAAGCAGCUGAUCAAGGACGCCAUCAUGGAAAACGAUUUCUUCAAGAACAUCGACUCGUUGCAGAUCCGCGAGAUCGUCGACUCGAUGUACAGCCGGGAGUUCCGCAAGGGUGAGUACGUCAUCCACGAGGGUGAAGCGGGUUCGCACCUGUACGUGUCUGCAUCCGGUGAGUUCGAGGUCGUCAAGGAUAGCAAAGUGCUCGGUGUGAUGGGACCUGGACGGGCUUUCGGUGAGCUGGCGAUACUGUACAACUGCACGCGGACAGCAUCCAUACGAGUGUUGUGUGAUUCCCGCGUUUGGGUACUGGAUCGGAGAGUGUUCCAACAGAUCAUGAUGCGCACUGGCAUGCAACGGAUUGAGGAGAACGUGAGCUUCCUCAAAUCGGUACCGCUGCUAAAACACCUCAACAAUGACGUGCUGACGAAAAUCGCCGACGUCCUGGAGGUGGAAUUCUAUCCCGCCGGUGCGUUCAUUAUCCGCCAGGGAGCCGCCGGAGACACGUUCUUUUUAAUUAGCCAGGGAACGGUGAAGGUGACACAGCGGCUACCGGGUCGUUCGGUCGACGAGGAAAUCCGCAUCCUCGUGCGCGGAGAGUACUUCGGCGAACAGGCGCUCAUUAAGGAGGACAAGCGGACGGCCAACAUCAUCGCGAUGUCGCCCGGUGUCGAGUGUCUGACGCUGGAUCGCGAAUCGUUCACCAAACACAUCGGUGACCUGUGCGAGCUGCAGGAGAAGAACUACGGUGAUGAAGAGCGCGUGCUGGCCUUCCGGAAUCUGGAGAACACUCACCCGUCGCUGGGUUCGUGUCAACCAGAGCUUAUGGAUGUAAAUCUGGCCGACCUGGACGUGGUCGGGACUCUCGGUGUGGGCGGAUUCGGGCGCGUCGAACUGGUCAAGGUGGACCGGAACGAGGACACGCAAGUGUACGCGCUUAAGUGCAUGAAAAAGCGCCACAUCGUCGAUACCCGACAGCAAGAGCAUAUGUACAGUGAGCGGAAAAUAAUGCUCGCAUGCCAAAGCCCGUUCAUUUGCCGGCUUUACCGGACGUACAAAGACACCAAGUACGUGUACAUGCUGCUGGAGGCGUGCAUGGGUGGCGAGGUGUGGACGAUCCUGCGCGAUCGCGUCACAUUCGAGGACUCGACGGCCAAGUUCAUCGUAGCGUGCGUGCUGCAAGCGUUCGAUUUUCUGCACGCCCGUGGCAUCGUCUAUCGGGAUCUGAAGCCGGAAAAUCUGCUCCUGGACGCGCGAGGCUACGCCAAGCUGGUGGAUUUUGGGUUUUCCAAGUUCAUCGGUUACAGCAGCAAAACGUGGACAUUCUGUGGCACGCCAGAGUACGUAGCGCCGGAAAUCAUCCUCAACAAAGGGCACGAUCGGUCCGUCGACUACUGGGCGUUGGGAAUUCUCAUCCACGAGCUGCUAACCGGAAUCCCACCAUUCACCGCAGCGGACCCCAUGAAAACGUACAACAUUAUCCUGAAAGGCAUCGACAUGGUGAACUUUCCCAAACACAUGUCCCGCGCGGCGAUCAGCCUCAUCAAGCGGCUCUGUCGGGAUGUGCCCUCGGAGCGGUUAGGCUACCAGCGCGGCGGAGUUCAGGACAUCAAAAAGCACAAAUGGUUCCAGGGCUUCGACUGGGACGGGUUGAUCGCACUGACGCUCAAAUCACCGCUGCAACCAAACCUGCACGGACCGCUGGACAUGUCCAACUUCGACAUCUUCCCCAAAGACCUCGACAUUCCGCCGGACGAACUGUCCGGAUGGGAUGCGGACUUCUGAGAGCUUCAGGGCAACGCUGCCGUCAUAUCAAUGAAUCCAUUAGUGAUACACACAAUCUGCAAUACGCACCU